CGCAUCAAACCGGAAGCGAUGUCCGAGGGCGAGAGAGACAGCUUCUCAUUCAGUUAACUAGGCCUCUUGAGGCGUGAGGAGGGCGGGAUGUCGCAGCAGCCGCCGCCGUUCCCCUCAUCCUUCGCGAGGCCCCCUCAGCCCCACUACUUCCCGCCGACGGGGGCUCCUCCGCAGGGUGUUUUUGGCGGGCCGCUGCCUCACCACCCUCAGUUUCCUCUUUCCCCGUUCCCGCCUUUUUCGGCGGAUGGCCGAGGCCUUCCUACCCCCGCUUACCCGCCGCCAUUCCGGCCGCCGCUGCCCCCUCCUCCGUGGCAGCAGCAGCAGCAGCAGCAACCUCCGGAGCUGCUCUCGCCUCAAUGGAGGCCCGAGGCGGCGCCGUACAUAGCCGGGGAGAAGCCAAGGUUCCCGCCUCCGGAUCGGCCCUCGCCUCAAUGGAGGCCCGAGGCGCUCCCAUUCGUGGCCGGGGAGAAUCCCAGGCUCCCGCUCGGGCCUGACGCUGCUGCCUCAGCCGGCGGCCUGAGGCGAGGCGACGACGAGAGCGAGCAAUGGCUCAGCCGCUUCUUGGCUUGCCGCCGCACCGAAGGCGCCGCAGCCGCCUCUCCCCCGAAGCCGCGCGGCUUGAAGCCCAGCCAGGCGGGCCCGUUGGCGGCGGAGGCGCUGCGGCUGGUGGCGCAGGUGACAGCGCUGUGCGGGGCCUGGCGGCGGCGGGACGACCACGCCGAGGCCGAGGAGGUGGCGGAGGCCGAGGCCCGGCUGGCAGAGCUGCGGGAGGUGGUGCGGCCCCUGCGGGUCGAGACAGCGGCGGAGGCUCCCCUGGCCCAGCUGCGCCGCCACGCGGAGAAGAGCCGCAAAAAGAGGCUGCGGCGCCAAUCGCGGAGGCAGGAGGCGCGGGCCGCUCGCGAGGAGGAGGCGGCCCGCGAGGCCGAGAGGGAGGCGCGGAUCGAGAGCUGGCGGGCCAGGCGCGCCCUGGAAGUCGAGGAGAGGCACCGGGAACAAGAACUUAAAGCUGCUGCAGACAGUGUGUUAUCUGAAGUAAGGAAAAAACAAGCAGACACGAAGCGUAUGGCAGAAAUCCUGCGUGGCUUAGAAAAGCUUAGGAAACUAAGAAAAGAAGCAGCAGCGAGGAAAGGUGUUUGUCCACCCCCAGCUGCAGAUGAAGCCUUCGAGAAUGAAGUCCAGAGCUUAAGAGCAUUGAUAAAAACACGCACUGAACUGUAUGAAGCUGAAGAACGAGCUCUGCGGGUUAUGCUGGAAGGAGAACAGGAAGAGGAAAGGAAAAGAGAAAUGGAAAAGAAGCUGAAGCGGGAAAAGGAGAAACUUCUGCAGCAGAAGCGGGAAAUGGAUUCAAAACUGUUUGGGGAUCCAGAGGAAUUUCCCCUUGCCCGCCUUUUGGAGCCCUUCACACAGUAUUAUUUGCAGGCUGAGUAUUCUGUCCCAUCUCUUAUCCAGAUCAGGCAUGAAUGGGAUCGAUACCUGGUGCCUACAGAUCAUCCUGAAGGAAACUUUAUCCCACCAGGAUGGGUCAUUCCCUGUCAACCUUCUAGUGACAUCUGGGCUACAGCUGUUGGAUGAUGUGUUCAAAGAAUAGCAACACAAGAGAUAAAGCGUACUUCAUUAAUUCCCUUGGACUUGAAAAACUCUGAAUCUUUUUCUUAUAAAGCAGGGGCACAGAAUACAUAAGAUGAAUAUGCAACAGCUGAUUCAGAAGACAAAUACUGCCCCCCAAAAAUGUUGUAUUCCAGAAAUGUGAAUCUCUGGUUAGUUGCACUGGCAGAGAUUUGCUUCAGAUCUUGUUUUUUAAAACACUGUUUGGAGGAAUUUAAUUACAACAUCAUUGCACGUUAUCUGCUCCUGCGAACUUUAAAAGCAGGACAUUUUUCCUUAGAGUUUUUAAAUGUAUUAUUUCUGGACAACGGCAUCUAUAGCAGGGAAAUUAAUUUGUCACGGGCAUGUGUAGCAACAAAACCUAACUUGAGAACCUGUGUCAUUAACUGCAUCCUGCUGAGGCGAAAUACAAUCCCAGGGCCAUAUAACUUAAUGCAGCUGCUAAAUAUUGUUGCAUGUGUUUUUAAUGUUCUGAUAUUUCAUGGGAAAUCAGGUAAUAAUCUUGAAGCAACAUCAAAGACUGUCAUUGAACUCUUUAGAGCCAUAUCCGGGUUCUCAAGUUUCAGCUCUUUUUUGAACUCUCAUUUAAAAAAUUGCCUCCGUGUUUAUCUUGGUCUUAUGUGCUGUUACUUAAGUGAAUUGACAGGUGUGGUCAAUUAUCGCCUCCUUGCAAGUUUGGUGUAGUUGGUUUUAAAAGCUAAAACACUAAGAUGAAGCAACGUGGAGAGAAUUAAUAGCAUCAUUGCUGUUUUUUGUGCAACUUGCACCUUAAUUUUUUUUUAAUGUGCAUAUAAGAUGUACAUACUCAGGAAAGCAUUUUUUCUAUCAUCUCUUAAAGUAAGAACACUAGAGAAGCGAUACAAGUUAGGGUAUUUGUGUUAAUUUAAUAGAAUAUCAAAUACUGGUUUGGUGUUACAUAAACAAUUCCUGUGCAUGUGAACCAAAAAACCUGAACAUCUAAUGUUUACAAACCUUGUAAAAUAAACUUCAUUAGCAUAGUAACAUACUCUCCAUGGCCCCUGUUAUUUGAAGGUUACAGAACAUUGUGGGACUCAUUGACAAAAAAAAAGUGCUGUUGACACAAUAUAACUCUGAUGCUAUGUUGAUAGGCUACGAUAGCCUGUAUCAAUGGAAUCUUUAGUUCAGGGGAAAGAAAACAGCCUUUCCCAAACAUUUCAGUGUAACUUGACCUCUGAUACUAAAUUUAGCAGCUUGUUACAAAAAUAUCUACCAAAAUGUUACAUAAAAUUUGAGGGAAUUUUUUCUUUAUUCUUUUGUGCUUUGAAACAAAGUUGCAUAAGUGCCUGUGAUGAAGGGAGAAUGUAGUGUGAAACAUUGUCAAGAAUUGUUUGUAGUACAAAGUAAUAAAGUUGAAUUUUAUUUGUACUUAAAAAAAAAUAAAGAACAUUUCACACUC